UCCUUAGCACCUUUGUGUAGCACACGCGCGCGCGUCCUUUUUUGCUCCCUAGUGUGUAGCCUAGACUCUUGUGUAGUAGCCUUUUUGUAGUAUACCUUUGGGCGCGGCAACCAACAACAACAACCGACAACAAAAACGAAACGAAAACCAGACCAGAGGAUAGACCCCAAGAAGACAACUUUUUGACAACUUUUCAGAGCAUCUCUAAGACGAGCGAACCACCAAAAAUAUUUCUAAUCAAUCAAAAAGCAAUACGAAUUAAGCGAGUGUGUGCGUGUGUGUACUUGUUUGUGUGUGUGUGUGCGUGUCUGAUUUAUAUAUACAUAUAUGUAUGUCUUUAAAUGUGUGUAAAGUAAUUGAAGCAGCUGCAUUGUGAUUUCAUUUUACCUGCAAAGAGUCCCACAAAAACAAAAUCAAAGACAACAACUUUUUACACACACCAACAUAAAAAAAGAUAAACUUUUUGACCAAGGCCAAAUUUUUACUACAAAAACCAAUCUUUACAAAAACAACAAAUCAACGAAAAUCUUAAGAGAACUUUUACUAAAACUUACAACUUAAAUCUUAAAACUAAAAACUAAAAACUAAAAAAAAAAAUGGGUUUGUGCGCUUCAAAGGAUAAAAAGGAAAAGGUGAUCGAAGGCGAUGCCGGCGCCACAGCCAACGGAGGCGAGCCCAACGGCACGGCCACAACGCCAGCCGCUGGCCAAGAUGGCAAACAAGACACCAUGGUUGACGCUGCUGUUCUCGCUAAACUGGAGGAGGGUUAUGCCAAGUUGGCUGCCUCUGACUCGAAGUCGCUGUUGAAGAAAUACCUGACCAAGGAGGUCUUCGACAACCUGAAGAACAAGGUGACACCGACCUUCAAGUCGACUCUUCUGGAUGUGAUCCAGUCCGGUUUGGAGAACCACGACUCUGGCGUUGGCAUCUAUGCCCCCGAUGCUGAGGCCUACACAGUGUUCGCCGAUCUGUUCGAUCCCAUCAUUGAGGACUACCAUGGUGGCUUCAAGAAGACCGAUAAGCAUCCCGCAUCGGACUUCGGUGAUGUGAACAGCUUCGGCAAUGUCGAUCCCACCAACGAGUAUGUGAUCUCGACUCGUGUCCGUUGCGGUCGCUCGAUGCAGGGCUAUCCCUUCAACCCUUGCUUGACCGAGGCCCAGUACAAGGAGAUGGAAGAGAAGGUCAGCAGCACUCUGUCCAGCUUGGAGGGUGAGCUAAAGGGCAAGUUCUAUCCAUUGACUGGCAUGGAGAAGGCCGUCCAGCAGCAGCUGAUCGACGAUCACUUCCUGUUCAAGGAGGGCGAUCGCUUCCUCCAGGCUGCCAAUGCCUGCCGCUUCUGGCCCACGGGUCGUGGCAUCUACCACAACGACAACAAGCGAUUCCUGGUCUGGUGCAAUGAGGAGGAUCAUUUGCGCAUCAUCUCCAUGCAGCAGGGUGGCGAUCUGGGCGAGAUCUACCGUCGCCUGGUGACCGCCGUCAAUGAGAUCGAGAAGCGCAUCCCAUUCAGUCACGAUGACCGUCUUGGCUUCUUGACCUUCUGCCCCACCAACUUGGGCACCACCAUCCGUGCCUCCGUGCACAUCAAGGUGCCCAAGCUGGCCUCCAACAAGGCCAAGCUCGAGGAAGUCGCUGCCAAAUACAAUCUCCAGGUGCGCGGCACUCGCGGUGAGCACACCGAAGCCGAGGGCGGUGUCUAUGACAUCUCCAACAAGCGUCGCAUGGGUCUCACCGAAUACCAGGCCGUCAAGGAGAUGUACGAUGGCAUCACCGAGUUGAUCAAGCUCGAGAAGAGCUUGUAAGCAGCUAACUCUCUAAUCCCUUAAAAAAUAAACAAAACAAAAACCAAUUGAACUCCAUUUGGGGAAGGGUCAAACUUUCCCCGCUUUAACAUCUGAAUGGAGUUCAUUUGUUGUUUAUCUGCCGCCUGGAGUGUGAUUUCCAUUAUUGGAAAGACUCAUUGCCAGCUGCUGCGUUUGCUUUAGUUUUGUCGUAGAAUUUGCGUAGGGUAUUUGUGUAACGGGUAUGCCCGAUCGUUCGGUUGCCUGCGGCACUCGGCAUUUCAUUCGUCUACUUUGAGCGUCGCGGUCAUAAACGGCCGUGGCAUGCCCGCCCAACCACCAACCACAAUCAACAACAACAACACCAAAACCCCACAGACAACAACAACAACAACAA